CCUUUUAUGGAGAGGGGAAGGCUAGAGCCCGGGAUCCGCACGGUGGGAAGCGGCCCGAGCGCCGGGCGGGGGCCGGGCCGGCUCUCAUGCCCUUUUUGGCGCAGCAGUUCUGGGCGCUGCCCUUUACUGCCGCUGGGGCCCGAGAGAGAGGCGAGCCGGAGACGGCCGUGCUUCUGCAGCGGCCUCCUCCCCUCCCCGCCGGGUGCCGCAGGAUUGCAGCUGGCACUGAAGGGUGGGCAAGCUCGAGGGAGGGGCGCUCCGGGAGCCCCGGCGCCUGUGGGCUCCGAGCCGCGGGCGCGGAGCUUGGAUGGAUUUAGCUGCCUGCGUGAGCGCGUGUGUGGCCACUGCAGUGGCGGUGGCGGCCGGGCCCGAUCUGGCCCGCGAGACCCCUGCGCGCUUCCGAGGAGCCCGGCUGGAGUGCCCGCCCCGCGGCCUCGCCUCCCUGCCGAGCUUCCAGCGCCUCGGGACGCGAUGAGGACCUGGGCUUGCCUGCUGCUCCUCGGCUGCGGAUACCUCGCCCAUGCCCUGGCCGAGGAAGCCGAGAUACCCCGAGAGCUGAUCGAGCGGCUGGCUCGAAGUCAGAUCCACAGCAUCCGGGACCUCCAGCGACUCUUGGAGAUAGACUCCGUAGGGGCUGAGGAUGCCUUGGAGACAAGCCUGAGAGCCCAUGGGUCCCACACCAUUAGGCAUGUGCCCGAGAAGCGGCCUGUGCCUAUUCGCAGGAAGAGAAGUAUUGAGGAAGCCAUUCCUGCAGUUUGCAAGACCAGGACGGUCAUUUACGAGAUACCUCGGAGCCAGGUGGACCCCACAUCGGCCAACUUUCUGAUCUGGCCCCCGUGUGUGGAGGUAAAACGCUGUACCGGCUGUUGCAACACCAGCAGCGUCAAGUGCCAGCCCUCAAGGGUCCACCACCGCAGUGUCAAGGUGGCCAAAGUGGAGUAUGUCAGGAAGAAGCCAAAAUUGAAAGAGGUCCAGGUGAGGUUAGAGGAACACCUGGAGUGUGCAUGUGCGACCUCCAACCUGAACCCAGAGCAUCGGGAGGAGGAGACGGAUGUGAGGUGAGAUGAGCCGGCCGCCCUCUCCCAGGACACGGAUGUACGUGGCGUGUGACAUUCCUGAACAUACUAUGUAUGGUGCUUCAUUGCCAAUGUGCGUGCGGUCUUUGUUCUCCUCCGUGAAAAACUGUGUCCGAGGACAAAGAGACAGUGUCCGUUUGUUCAGUGUGACAUCAAAGCAAGUACUGUAGCACUCGGAGAGACAGUGAGAAAGCUUCCUUGUCACAGAGAGUGAAAACAAAACCACAAGAAAAACAAAAAACAAACAAAAAAAAAAACCAACAAAAAAAACAAAAAAACAAAAAAAAAAUUAAAAACAAAACAAAACAAAAAAAAUCCCAACAACAACAACAACAUAAAAACCCACCACAAGAAACAAAGACUGAGGUGGGCAGCAGGAGGGCCGUCCUGCAGGACUGACCCUUGAGUGGUGGCCCAUGUUGGCCACUGCCUUGGACUCUGCCCGUGGGCACAGGUGCUUUUCACCAAGGACGUCCGGAGCCUGCCUGGGAUGCUGCCCGCUGGUUCCACGAGAGAAGGAAGCUGAAGAGCUGGGAGAUGCCCAUGGGCCUGGAAGCCACCACCUCGCUUGAGUCCGCCUAGACUUUCCCGACGGCCUUUCAUGGAAUUUCUUUUUUCCUUUUCUUUUUUUUUUCUUUUCCUCUUUUUUUUUUUUUUUUUUACACCAUAAAGUGAUUAAGCUUUUUCUUUUUAUUCUCUGCCUAGCUUUUUUCUUUUUUCCUUUUUUUUUUUAAAUCUCUUGGAUGACAUUUUCGUCGAUAACACGCACGAGGCUGCUGUAAGUUGGGACAGCGAGACGGUUAUUUUUUCCUAGCCAAACUAAUGAGGUGUAUUAAAAUAAACAUGGUAUACCUACCUAUACAUCA